AUGCAAGCCGAGCCGUACGACCCCCCUGCACAGCCUGCUUGGCCCAAACCUCGACUACAUGUCAAGCCGGCAAUAUGGGCAGAGUCAAGGCAAGAAGUGUGCGAAGCAUUCGAGUGGUUCCGGAGCUAUCAAGGCGGUGUCUACUUCCUCAAAGACAUGGUCAAGGGUUACCUGCUGAGCGGUUUCCCUGCGAGUCGAGAUCUGUUUGCCCGCGACGGCCGCUUGAUCGUGUCUCAUGGAGGUGGUAAAGCAGAGAGCAUCCAUACUCAGAAAGGCGUCCAUAAGUCUCACCAAGCAAGCGACCAGCUUGAAGGCGACAAAUCAGUUCGAGCGCUGUUGAAUACUCACGUCAUGCAACGCCCCUUAGUCUUGCUCGUCGACGACAAGUACGGCCUGUUCCCAUUUGACCUUGCUGCGGACGGCUAUACGUAUGUCGUUCUCGGCUUCUACCGUAUCGCGCAUGCGUGGGCUGAGGAGCAACCUGCGACAAAUGCUCAGGGCAGUGUUGUACGAUAUAAGUUUGCCUUCCAAUGGUGCGAAGAGCAAGGCACGCCGUGGUGGAUGGCUCGAAGCUCUAUGCCGCCAGUUGUGCCCAGCGCACACUAUACCAUCGACGCGGACGAGGAAGACAACAUAUCGUCAUCCCCAACUUCAGAUCCAUGCGCCCCAGUGGACAUAUAUGUGGACGAAGGCCCGCUUCGCCUCAUAUGCUCAGCGUGCAACCAUUCAUCACCGUUGAUAUAUGCAGAGCAGUGGAUGUGCCUGCACCGGACGUGCUCGCGGUUCUGGAGAAACGCACAAGGCAAUGCACCAACGACGCUGACCUAUGCCAAGUCCUUCAUCAACCCGAUAUCAUUCAUGCCAGAAGACUUGGAGGAUCUACGACCCAGUCCGCCGGUGGCCGAAGCGGAGGAUGGGAUCACGACCAGUUCGAUGUUCUGCAAGGGCUGGCAUUGCAGGCGGUGUGGUCGUCUGUCCUGCAGGUAUAUGUGGGAGCACUGGUACUGCAAACACUGCGGAGAACGGUACAGGGUUUCCGGGCGCGUUCGGGGCCCAAAAGACUUCUGGUCACAGAAAGGCCCGGACAGCUUCACCAACCACGUGGUUGCUCCGGACUCAGGUACUGAUUGCAGCGGAAUUAAAGUAUUGCUUAUGAACGUACCGACAGGAAUCAUCUCGCUUCCCAUGAGGAUAUGCAAGCUUGGUGACCAUUGGGGUCAAUGUCAUACCUACAUCCUCCCACACAAUAGAGGGCGUAUCCACCUCAUCUGUGCACCCCGGACGGAGAAGCAAUCCGCAGACCGAGCAUUCAGGGAUUAUCAGGUGCAGGCCACUGAUGGAGAGCUGUUGUUCCGUCGAUGGCCCCUACGUGCUGUGAGUCGUAGAGGAACGCUCCUGACAAAUUACUUCUCACAGAACUUUUCGAUGCUCACAUGUUUGCAGUACGUCGGCGGGACGGACAAUACUGUUCCUUGGGACCGAGCACCCAGCGCCGUCCGCGACGCCCUCGACAUCAUCAGGAUCCGCAUGACAGAGGCCUUGAACAUGAAUGCAAACUUCAACGAGGUCCUCAGCGCCGCGUACAUGGAAAAGCAAAAGAUGGCGUUCCAUAGCGAUGCUGAGCGGGGCCUGGGGCCGGUCAUAGCCUCCUUGUCGCUGGGAUCGGGGGCGUACAUGUACUUCCGCCUCCUUGGAAGGUAUACUGAGAAGAGAGGACAGGGAGGCGAUAGGAAUGCACUCACGUUGUAUCUCCGACACGGAGAUAUCGUCGUCAUGGAGGGUGCAGAUGUGCAGACGUUCUAUGAGCAUACCGUUGUGCCCGUCAACUUCCGGAUCGCCGCGACUGCACGUUCCAUUGACAACCGUAACCACUAA